AUGGUCAAUGAGUAUGUCUGUUUUCUUCUGCAAUUAGGAGCAGUUAGGGAAAUAGUGGCAGAAUUUGAGCUUGAUGACUCCAAAAUAGAGUUGAAUAUUGAACUCCCGGUCAACUAUCCGUUAAAUGCUCCAUCAAUACAGAAUGAGAAAUCUCUUGUAGGACGUGAAACCAAACGGAGAUGGGUCCUCCAACUUACACAGUUUGUAGUGUAUCAGAAUGGGGCAAUUGCUGAUGCUAUAUCCCUUUGGGCUCGCAAUGUUGAGAGGCAUUUCGCAGGAGCUGAGGACUGUACUAUUUGUAUGUGUACUAUACAUUCAAGGACGUACCAGUUGCCCAAAGCCAAAUGCAAGCACUGCAAGAAGAAGUUUCACUCUGAGUGCAUUCGGAAAUGGUUUGAAUCGAGCAGUCAAUCCACUUGUCCACUUUGCAGAUCAGUAUUCAGGUAG